AUGUCAGCACAAGACUACUACGGCGGCUCCCGCCCAAACACGCACACCCCGGGCGGCUCCCGCUCCGCCAGCGCAGAACGACCCCGCCCCGGCCACCAUUCCCACUCGCACUCCCCCCACCACCGCUCCCGCUCCAGCGGCCCACCGCCACCCGCCGGCGCCGACGCCCAGUUCGGCGAGGACGGCGAGCGCGGCCUCGUCUCCACAAUCGGCGGCGGCGCCGCCGGAGGCUACGCCGGUAAGAAGUUCCUCGGCGGAAAGCUCGGCGCCGUCGCGGGCGCCGUCGCCGGCGCAGUCGCCGCCAACAAGCUCGAGAACCGGCUCAGCGAUGCAAGGGCCACCACUCGCACCAGGGGGAACACCAACCAGGGGGGUACUACGCCCGGUGGGGCCUUGGUCUGCCACCACCACGGACACCACCACUACGGCCCUCCCCGCCCGCACGCGCCGCACUUUGGGCCCCCGCACCUCGGCGGUAGCCACCAUUCCUCCGGCCCCUUUGGCGGUCUCGUCGGCUCGUUCAUGGGCGGUGGCAAGCCCGGCGGCGGCCACUUCGGGAGCCAUUUCGGCGGCAGUCACCGCGGGCACCACGGCCACCACGGGCAUCAUGGCCACCACGGCUGGUAG